AUGUCAUUGAAUCACAGCACCGUGGUGACGGACGACAUCGUCAAGGAACACGUUAGCCCGGUGGUUUACAUCGGCGCGGCGGUCGCCCUCGCUGUCAUCGGUUUCUUCGGCUUCACCAUGAACCUGUUGGUCGCGGUGGUGAUCGUCAAGGAUGCCCAGACUUUGUGGACACCCGUUAACGUAAUCCUCGUUAAUCUUGUCGUUGGCGACUUUUUGGUGGCCGCUCUUGGGAAUCCGGUUGCCUUGGUUUCGGCGAUUACAGGAGGAUGGUAUUGGGGCUACAAAGUGUGUUUGUGGUACGCCUGGUUCAUGUCCACCUUGGGAUUCGCCAGUAUCGGGAACCUAACGGUAAUGGCCGUCGAAAGAUGGCUACUGGUGGUCAGACCAAUGAAAGCAUUGUCCAUAAGGAAUACCGUGCUGCUGGGUUUCUUCGUGUGGGUGUACGCACUUUGCCUUUCCGUGCCACCGUUUUUCGGUUGGGGAAGCUACGGUCCUGAAGCAGGAAACGUUUCCUGCAGCGUCACCUGGGAGGUUCACGAUCCUGUUACGAGAACCGACAGCUACAUCGGCUUCCUGUUCAUUUUCGGUCUCGCUGUUCCAGUAUUAGUGAUCAGCAGCAGUUACGUGGCGAUUUUAUUAACUCUGAAAAAAGUGAGGAAGAGAGCAGGUUCUCGCGGAAGACUGGAAGCGAAGAUUACAAAAAUGGUAGCGUUGAUGAUAACUGCAUUCUUGCUCGCCUGGUCGCCGUACGCUGCUUUGGCACUCGCCGCUCAAUAUUUCGACGCGAAACCGUCAGCGGCCGUGGCCGUGCUUCCAGCUUUGCUGGCCAAGUCAUCCAUUUGCUACAACCCUAUCAUCUACGCGGGCUUGAACAGCCAAUUUCCGCGUUCCCUGAAGAAGAUAUUCGAUAUGCGCGGCUCGAGGAUCAUGGUACCGGAAAGUCUGAACACGGCGCUAACCGUUCUGAACAAGCAGGAACAGAGAAACUGAGGUAUCUCGGGGAACAGCCUCCGACUAGCCCGGAACCGCAGGGUUGCUC